AUGUGUUACUAUGGCAGCUGCUAUGGAGGCCUGGGUUACGGCUAUGGUAGUCUAGGCUGUGGUUAUGGCUGUGGCUAUGGUGGCUAUGGUGGCUAUGGUGGCUAUGGUUAUGGUUGCUAUGGUUAUGGUUGCUACCGCCCACUGUGCUACAGAAGGCACUGGUCUUAUGGCUUCUACUGA